AACCAACAUGACAAAUUAAAUUAAUUAUGAAUAAAUCAAAUACUUCUAGGGACUUUUGUCCCCCCUCCAAGGUAGAACAGACGGUAUUUGAUAGGAGAAUUUACAUACAGGAAACGAUAAUUUAAUAAAUUCAAAAAAGAACAGAAAUAUAAAUAAAUGGAGAAGACAAGGUUUAACUCUAGUUAAGAGUUCUUGAUUGGGAUGAUGUUGUUUGAUCUUGUUAUUAAAGGCAGUACAGCAUGGCUUCUUAUCGAAUUUUGCCAUUAUGAUGCUGAAAUUAAUAAUCUAUAUCUAUGAAUUUUUUUACUAUUUCCCAAGAGACCAAACAAUACAUUCCUCAUAAAGAAAGGUUAAAGGUGACAUCAAUCUUUUCAGAAAUUCACAGACAUUUUGCCAGAACAAUUUCACAAAAGGACAAGACCAAAAUAAAUGUACAACAGAUUCAGGGCAUUUAUAGUAGAAUGUACAGAUUACAUCGAUGUCGCUCUUCAAUUUCUUUUUAAUACAUUUUUAUCCCUCUGUUCCAGCGUUUCUUGAGCUUCUGCACAAAAGGUACAGCUGACAUCGAUGUCUAUUUUAAGUUUUUGCAGAUAACAUUUACUUGGAUAGAAUCUAUGAAACAUUUUAAAGGACACCUCUUUGAUAUUGUUAGUCAAGAGAAACUUGUGAGGCAGUAACCAAAACACAAAUUUUCAGUAAAGGCAGAGCAGUAUGAUGAAGGACUUAUAAUGCCUUGUAGGGAAAGCUGACGUAUUGCCUUAUUUUUAUUCUUGAAUUGCCAUGAGAAACAUGUUUUUCCAACAGCUGUUGCAGUUGCAUCUAACAAUAUUGUGACAUUUCUAUCUCUUUAAAGUCUUUAAAUCGCUGUACAGCUCUCGUCAGUGAUUGGCUGAACGCUCCUACGUAGAAUUCUGUGCGACACCUUGCUUUUCCGGAAGUGAUGACAGACGCUUCCUCUACCAUGUGCGUGUUACCAGAAUCGCCACAGUCGGAGAAGCGAAUACAAAACUUUGAAAGAUAAUAAAAUAAAAAACCACCGCUUGUUCCGUGUGUUACAUUAACACAGAAUACAGGAUGGGAGGAGCGUGACUCGGGCAAGUUUUCAAUUAUAAAACACCAGUAAGCGGAGAAAGUAAAGUCUCAGUCCAGACUCUAAGCUAGCUAAACGUUUGUUGUUGCCAUGGCUCUGUACGUGAAAGCCGCAGAAAUCUUGGAGAAAGCUGAGAGGAAACAGGGCGCUCUGAAAACCCUGGUUUACGACAGUAAAUUUGGCAACAUUAAGCAGCUGUUCGCGCUGGUGUGUGAGACGCAAAAGUUUUCCUCCGUCCUGAAGGAGCUCAUCGAGUCCACCAACCUGCUCAAGCAGACCAAGCUGAGUAUGCAUCAGGCCAAGGUGCUGGUGUACGACCUGCUGAUGGGCCAGGGGCUGAAGUGCGGGGGCUCCUGGAAGGUCAGGAUAAUGAAGCACCGAUCCAGGCUGCAGGCGGCACUGGCCAGAAUGAAGGUAAAGCACAAGGUCAGUAGGAAUGAAGAUCUCCUCCCAGCCGGCGUUCAGAAAUCCGCCGGAGACCGUCUACCCAGAUACGUGCGGGUGAACACCCUCCAGAACACCGUGGAUGAUGUCGUGGACUACUUUAAGAGGGACGGCUUGCUCUACCACGGUCAGGCCUCCAAGCUGGAGGACUUCACCCUGAGGGAGAAAGAAUUUGUGAGGGACAUGCAUCUGCCGGAGCUGCUGAUCUUCUCUCCUAAGACUGACUUCCACGACCACUUUCUCUACAAGGCUGGCCACAUCAUUCUGCAGGACAAAGCCAGCUGCCUCCCUGCCUAUCUCCUCAACCCCCCACCUGGCAGCCAUGUCAUCGAUGCCUGUGCUGCCCCCGGCAACAAAACCAGUCACCUGGCAGCCAUCAUGAAGAACAAGGGCAAACUCUUUGCCUUCGACUUGGACCCCAAGCGUCUAGCGACCAUGUCGACUCUCCUGCUGCGAGCUGGGGUCACUAUUCAGCAGCUUGCCAACCAGGACUUCCUGAAGGUGGAACCUGACAAUGUGCAAUAUAAAGAUGUUGAGUUUAUCCUGCUGGAUCCCUCCUGCAGUGGAUCAGGAAUGGUGUGCCUCCGGGACAACGCCUCUGCUGACCAGGAGAAGGACCAGGCUCGUCUGGCGUCCUUGGCCUCCUUCCAACUGCGCUGCCUCAACCACGGCCUCAGGUUUCCUCGCUUGAAGCGCCUGGUCUACUCCACCUGCUCCAUCCACAGUCAGGAGAAUGAGGAAGUUAUAACGGCCUGUCUGCAGGAGAACCCCAGCUUCAGGUUGGUUCCUGUUAUGGCUGAUUGGCCAGAACGAGGCCUGGACCCGCUCACUCAGUGUCUGAGAGCCAGCACCACCAAGACACGCACACAUGGAUUUUUCGUGGCUCUUCUGGAGAAACGCAAUGAGUCCGGGAAUAUGCAGCAGGGACAAGCUGUACAGAUAAGCGUACCUGAGGCGACAGCCCAAGGUCCUAGUGCCUGCAAGGAGACGACGGAAACUUUAGAGUCUGAGGAAGAACCAGUAUCUACAGCAGACCAGGACCAGGUGUGUUGCACCCACACUGACAGUGCACCGGGGAAGAGGAAGAGGAAGCGAAAGAAGAAGAAGAAGAAGAAGAUGAUGAGUAAAGAAGCAACAGCCGAGUGAUGAUCAGAAACUUGUACAUGAUAUUGUCUUGUGGGAUGUUUUUUGUGAGCGAUGUAACUAAAAAAGUAAAAAUGAUAUUUUAAUGAA